UACUCUCUCGAUAUAAUCUCAUUUUGCAUCUCUCUCUUAACCCCCACCCCUCAAAAGUCACCUUUCUUCCUCUACUAUGGCGACUUUGAUCCUUAAGCAUUCUCUGAUCAUACUCCUAAUCAUAUUUUCAUCACAAACCUUAAGAUCUCAAGCUCGAAUCCUCCGUUCAUAUCGUGUCGUGUCCAUGAGCAAUGUGGAUAGUCAGGUUCUCCUACGUGAACUCGGGUUUGAUCUCUCUAAGUUCAAAGGUCAUAACGAGAGGCGAUUUUUAGUGAGUUCCGACAGGGUUUCACCGGGAGGUCCCGAUCCGCAACACCAUUAAAUGGUCGUCACAUAUAUAAAUACUUUACCAAAGAUCCAAGCACAAAUAAUGUGAGGACGGAUCCAUCAUCCAUGCAAGUCAUAUGAUUAUCGCUAUUUCUAUGUUUUCUUUCCUCUCUUUGUUUUUCAUAAAACCUUACUAUACGUACAAUUUUGUUGUAUCAAGGUUUUGGUAUUCUUGUACCACCUUACCUUGAUACACCAAGCUUUUUCUAUGUAUGUUUUCUGUGUCUCCAACGAGUUACCUUUUAUGUAACAACCAUUGGCUAAUAAUUAAUGUUCCCCGGGGUUUUUUUUUUUGUUUGAGUUUUACCAUUUCAUUUGAAAGAUAGAGGAAUAUAAUGAUUGGACGUCUUAGCACUUCAAAAUGCAAACGAUUAAUUUUUUUGAUUAGAUGCUACUAUGCAAGGUUUUAGAAGGUUAA